AUUAGUUGAAGCCAUUGAUAGAAGUCUUACGUGUUGAGAGACUGUAUUGUGAUACAUUGUAAAUUGUGAUUAUUGUCCUGUGAAAUGGCUGCAAUUAGUUUAUUAAAUCCGAAAGCUGAAUUUGCUAGGGCUGCUCAAGCAUUGGCUGUAAAUAUUUCAGCUGCAAAAGGAAUUCAGGAUGUGAUGAAAACGAAUCUUGGACCGAAAGGCACCAUGAAAAUGCUUGUUUCUGGAGCAGGUGACAUUAAAAUUACAAAAGAUGGAAAUGUAUUAUUGUACGAAAUGCAAAUUCAACAUCCAACAGCAUCUCUAAUUGCUCGAGCAUCUACUGCUCAAGAUGAUAUUACUGGGGAUGGUACAACUAGUACUGUAUUAGUCAUUGGGGAACUUCUCAAGCAAGCUGAUAUUUAUGUGUCUGAGGGUCUUCAUCCUAGAAUGGUCACAGAAGGUUUUGAAUUAGCCAGAGUUAAAACAUUGGAAAUAUUAGAUUCUUUAAAGAUCCCAAUUGAACCUACAAAAGAAAACUUAAUAAAUGUUGCUAGAACAUCACUUAGAACUAAGAUACAUCAUUCUGUAGCUGAUAAACUGGCAGAAAUUUGUGUAGAUGCGGUUUUAACUAUCAGGCAAGAAAAUCAAGAGAUUGAUCUAUACAUGGUUGAAUUAAUGGAAAUGCAACAUAGAACUGCUGCAGAUACCACUUUAAUUCGUGGCAUUGUAACUGAUCAUGGGUCAAGGCAUCCAGAUAUGCCCAAAAGAGUAGAGAAUGCAUAUAUAUUGACUUGCAAUGUUAGUCUGGAAUAUGAAAAGAGUGAGGUAAAUAGUGGAUUCUUUUAUAAAACUGCUGAGGAACGUGAAAAAUUGGUAGCUGCAGAACGUGAAUUUAUUGAUAAUCGGGUAAAGAAGAUUAUAGAAUUAAAGAAAAAGUUAUGUGAUGGAACCGAUAAAUCAUUUGUUGUUAUAAAUCAAAAAGGCAUUGAUCCGCCAUCUUUAGAUAUGCUUGCUCGAGAAAACAUUUUGGCUUUACGCAGAGCGAAGCGUAGAAAUAUGGAACGUUUGGCAUUAGCCUGUGGCGGUAUACCCAUGAAUUCCUUUGAUGAUAUAAAGGAAGAACACUUGGGAUGGGCUGGUCUUGUAUAUGAACAUGUACUGGGUGAAACAAAAUAUACAUUCAUUGAAGAAUGCAAGAAACCCAAUUCUGUAACAAUUCUGUUGAAGGGACCAAAUAAAUAUACUUUGGAGCAAUUAAAAGAUGCUGUAAGGGAUGGCCUAAGAGCUAUUAAAAAUGCUAUUGAUGAUAGUGCUAUUAUUCCUGGUGCUGGUACAUUUGAAGUAGCUGCUAGUCAAGCUCUUCAUCAGUAUAAAGAAACAGUAAAGGGAAAGCAACGCUUAGGCGUACAAGCAUAUGCAGAAGCCUUAUUGGUCAUUCCAAAAACUCUUGCUGUAAAUAGUGGAUUCGAUGCACAAGAUACAAUUGUUAAAUUAUUAGAAGAAAGAUCUGCAUUAGGUGAAGCAGUAGGAUUAGAUAUUUCUACAGGUGAAGCAUUAAAAGCUACAGAUGCUGGUAUUUAUGAUAAUUAUAAUGUAAAAAAACAAAUUAUUAACUCAUGCACAAUCAUCGCUAGUAAUCUUCUUUUAGUUGAUGAAAUUAUGAGAGCAGGAUUAUCAUCUCUAAAAGGUUAA